UAGAUCGCCUCCCCAUCGCACGACGUAUGCUUCGUAAUUUGCGAAAUAUGACUCAGUCCACGUUCACCACUGUCGCUUCCUACAGACAGUGGCGCCAGGCUGCGCGCGAUGCCCGUAAAACCGUCGGGUACGUCGCGACAAUGGGCGCUCUUCAUGACGGGCAUCUCAGCUUGGUUCGACGGUCAUUACGAGAAAACGACCUUACUGUACUCUCCAUCUUUGUGAAUCCUGCCCAAUUCGCGCCCCACGAGGACCUGAAGACGUACCCCAAGACGCUAGAGAAUGAUCUAAAGCUCUUGUCAGCACAGAGCUUCCAAGACCGGACGGUGUCUGCCGUCUUUGCGCCCACAGUAAAGGAGAUGUACCCAUCUGGGAUCACGCAGGACCCCGCCGCUCAAAAAGGGACGUUUGUCGAGGUGAAAGGAUUCAGCUACGAGAUGGAGGGAAAGAGCAGACCAACCUUCUUUCGUGGAGUAUCGACGGUCGUGACAAAACUGUUCAAUGUCAUAGAGCCAACUCAAACGUACUUUGGGCAAAAGGAUAUCCAGCAAGCCCUCCUUCUGCGGCGGAUGUGCCGGGAUCUCCUCCUCUCCCAUCCUGUGCCAGAGAAUCUACACAUUGUACCGACGCGCCGGGACAAUACUGAUGGCCUCGCGCUAUCCUCGCGUAACACUUAUUUAUCGGCUGAAGCCCGACUGGUAGCUCCAAAGCUAUACGAGGCUCUUCAGGCGGGAGAGGCGGCGUGGAACGAGGGGUUGACCAAGGCGCAGAGUGUUGCCAAGGCUGUGAAAGUGAUACAAGACACGGCGGGCGUCCGACUUGAUUACAUAGAGAUGAACGAUCCGGAAACGUUUGAGGCGCUGGAAGAUGAAUCGAGGGCAAGGGGGGACGCAGUGAUUCUGAGUGGUGCAGCGUGGGUGAAUACGACGCGGUUGAUAGAUAAUAUUAUCCUAGGAAACGCGAAUACAAUCUGGGGUUAGAUUCCCGGUUACGUGC